GACGAGUAGUGGCAAAUAGUAGCUGCAUUCGCAAAUUAUGUAGAUCAAUAUUUGGUGCAACUUUAAGUUGUCAUGAGGUUUUAUGACGAGUAAUGAUCGUAUUUGGCGUGUGUUUGUAGGCAAUGAAAUUGCAGGACGUCAUAUCAAAUAAAUAUCCCACCAUGAUUAUCAUAGGACUAAAAAAUAAUAAAGUUCUGCAAAAUAUGGCCUGUUUAUAGCCUCAAACUACAAAAAUUAUUCACUUUAAUUGUUGUGAAAAUAUAUAAAGAAUACAUAUGAUUUCAUAUCAUCAUCAUUGAAUGAAGAAAAGUGAUUAUCAAAAAUUGACAGUUGAUUAUUUUGAAGUAACAAGUGUUUUAGAUAAUCAAUACAGCUACUUUUACUAAACUUUCAGUGUUUAAUUAAUUUAUUCGAUAUUCACAUGUGAAUAAAAAUAAAUAUUUAAAUACAGCAUAAACUCUAUAAAAACAUCAUGGAAGAUGAUUGCAUAGAAAAAAUAUUCGAAUUUAAAUUUCCAACAUGCACAACAAAUCAAGAAUAUUCUCUGGAAGUCCCUGUCAAAAUACCAUUUCAAGGUUCCAUAAAAGAAUUAGUUCAUCGGUUAAUAUCAUCCUUCAAACUACCAUGUUAUGUACAGACAGAUUUGCUCAGUUCUUUGGAAUCUGCUGUUAAAAAGUGGACCUUAGAAUAUCAUGAUAAGAAAUCAGAAAAAAUUAUUAAUGCAGCAAAGCAAGGGGAACUUGAUGUGGAAGAUAUUAUAAAAAACUGGGAGAAAAUUUAUAAACAAAAAACUGCUGAAUAUGCGGAGCCAAUAGGUACAACAGAUGAAGAAUUAUUUGCAGUUGCUUAUCAUAGAUUAGUGCAUUCUCCAUCUUUAGAGCCUAUUUUGCAAGCAGAACAUAAAUUUGGAAAAGCUGUGACUGAUAUUAUCAAAAUGAGAGAUAAAGAAUAUGACCAAUUGACUCAAAAGCAAACUGAAGAAAUGAGAGUUGCAGUCGAGACUCUAGAGACAGGUUCUACAGAGAAGUCUAUUAAUAAUAUGGCAGGGCGUCAUUUUGAAGAACAAAGUUUAAUGCAAGGUCAAUGGUGUUCCAAAAUUGAUUCUUUAAAAUUAGAACAAAGACGUCAUUACAGAAAUUGGAUCAUGAGACUUCUAGAAGAACAGCAAACUAAUAUGUUACCUACCCCAGUAGAAUCUCCUACAGUUCCAUUACCUCUUGGUUCUGGUUGUGAUGGUUUCGUGAUAAUUGAUGAAAAAAGUUUAACUGAAUAUCAACAACUUGAAGAAAGUUUCACUAUUCAUUUGGGCUCUCAAAUGAAGCAGAUGCACAAUAUUAGAAUUUUGACCGGUGAUGUUCUAGAUUUCUGUCGAACAAAACACAAUGAUUCUGAAAGUGCGGAUCCUACCCCGCAAAGAUUACAAACUGCAUUAGGACUGUAUUCUAAUGAUUUAUGUGGACUAGUACUAUUAAGUGACAACAAUUUGGGAAGUUAUUCUGGUACUACAAAAGAACUCAUAUCAAUAUCACAAUCCACAUCUGAAUUCCACUUUCCUUCAAUUGAUGAACAACUUGAAAAGAUAAGGGAAGAUGUUAAAGAUGCAGUUGCAUGGAGACAAACACAUCACAAAGAAGAUGAAUUACAACAGCAGCCAUCUAGAAAAUCCCAAACAUCAAGUAAAACUUUACAAAUUGGAGAUGUUUUUAUUACAAGACAUUCCAAUUUAGCUCAAGUUCAUGUUGUUUUUCAUAUGGUUGUUAAUGAUUCAUUAAGAUCAGGGGAUAUUAACUCUAGACAUCCUGCAAUAUUAGGAUUGAGAAAUAUUUUGAAAACUGCUUGUUGUAAUGAUGUCACAACUUUGACAAUACCAGUUCUAUUAGUACAUGAAAUGACUGAAGAUAUGACUGUAGCUUGGUGCACCAAACGGGCGGAAUUAGUAUUUAAAUGUGUCAAAGGUUUUAUGAUAGAAAUGGCAUCAUGGGGUGGAGCAGAACUAAAAAAUUUACAAUUUUUAGUUCCAAAGGGAAUGUCAGAAGAGGUAUUUGGUACACUCGCCACUAUGCUACCAAGUAUAUUUAGAGUAUCAAACCCAUUAGUUUUUAAAGCUUCUAGCACACCGCAAACUCCCAAAAAGUGAUACAAAUACAAAUGAUGUAUUAAUGUGAUAAAAAAAUUGUAGGUGAACAAAAAAUG